AUGUCUGCAGUUACGGGCACAUUUCGGAUCGUGUCAGAGGAGGAGCAGGCCCUGCGCACCAAGCUGGAGCGCCUCACCACCAAGGACCACGGCCCCGUCUUUGGGAGAUGUGAGAAGAUCCCCCCACACACCCUGCAGAAGGCAAAGGAUGAGCUGAAUGAGACGGAGGAGAAGAGGGAGGUGGCAGUGAAGGCGCUGCGGGAGCUGGUGCAGGAGCGGGCGGGCGGCGAGGACGUUUGCCAGAAGGUGGCCGAGAAGGUGCAGGAGAAAGAUGACUCUUUCUUGCUCCGCUUCAUCCGUGCUCGCAAGUUCGAUGUGCACAGAGCCUAUGACCUGCUGAAAGGCUAUGUGAACUUCCGGCAGCAGUACCCCGAGCUCUUUGACAACCUGAGCGCCGAGGCCGUGCGCAGCACCAUCGAGGCCGGCUACCCCGGCAUCCUGGCCAGCAGGGACAAGUACGGGCGGGUAGUGAUGCUCUUCAACAUUGAGAACUGGGAUUAUGAGGAGAUCACCUUUGAUGAGAUCCUUCGUGCCUAUUGUAUUAUCUUGGAGAAGCUGCUGGAGAAUGAAGAGACCCAGAUCAACGGGUUCUGCAUUAUUGAGAACUUCAAGGGCUUCACCAUGCAGCAGGCAUCAGGGAUCAAACCCUCUGAGCUCAAAAAGAUGGUGGACAUGCUGCAGGACUCCUUCCCAGCGCGGUUCAAGGCCGUCCACUUCAUCCACCAGCCUUGGUACUUCACCACCACCUACAACGUGGUCAAACCAUUCCUGAAGAGCAAACUGCUGGAGAGGGUCUUUGUGCAUGGCGAGGAGCUGGAAUCCUUCUACCAGGAGAUCGAUGCUGACAUCUUGCCAGCAGAUUUUGGUGGCAACCUGCCCAAGUACGACGGCAAAGCAACUGCAGAGAAGCUCUUUGGGCCCCGCAUCGAGUCCGAGGACACGGCUCUCUAA